ACACAAUUUCCCUACCAUCGCAGCAGCAUAUAUGAGCAUAUAAUUAAAAUAAUUAUCAUACAAUAAUGAACUUUAAUCUGAGCCUUCUCUUCUCUUUCUUCUUUUUCAUGAUCUCUCUCUUUUCUGGACAAGGAUCGGCAUCGGCGGGUAGGUAUUACGGUGACCACCACCACCACCACCACAGGCGCCACCGUUUGCGGCCAACGAAACUGUUUGUUUUUGGGGAUUCAUAUGUUGAUACUGGCAACAUUCUGCUUCCCUUUUCAAGUGCUCAGCAAUUUCCCUAUGGAAUUACUUUUCCCGGAAAACCCAGUGGUCGUUUUUCCGAUGGUCGUGUUCUCACUGAUUUUUUAGCAAAACAUUUAGGGGUGAAAUCUCCGAUACCAUUCAGUAUCCGAAGUGAAGUUGGGGUGGAAAGAUUGAAAGAAUCGGGUAUAAAUUUUGCAUUUGGUGGAACAGGGGUUUUCGACACGUCGGUUCCUCUCCCAAAUAUGACCACACAAAUUGAUUUCUUUCAACAUCUUCGACAUGUCGAAUCUGUGUUCAGUAAUGGAGAUGCCCAACACUCUGUUGCACUUGUCUCUGUUUCUGGCAAUGACUACUCUUUUUAUCUUGCCACUAACGGCUCUGCCCAGGGAUUGAAACCGUUCAUAAACUCUGUAGUAAAUCAAAUUGUGAUAGAUUUGAAGCGCAUUAGGAGAUUAGGAGUGAAGAAAAUAGUAGUGACGGGGCUAGGCCCAUUAGGAUGUCUUCCUAUAUUUACAGCUCCAUUCUCAUUCAAGCAAUGCAAUCAAACCAUAAACUCCUUCGUCCGUUUUCACAACUUUCUAUUGAAUCAAGCUGUGGCCAAGCUCAACAAAGAAACAAAACAUGCUUCGUCGUCUUCUAAAAUCUUCGUUCUUGAUGUGUAUGACGCGUUCUUGUCCAUAAUUCAGAGCCGCAGCAAGAAGCCUGGAGUUGUGUUAGAGUUUAAAACGCCAUUGAAGCCAUGUUGUUUUGGAGUGAGCAGUGGAUUUGAGUGUGGGAGUGUGGAUGAACAAGGUAAUAAAAAGUUUGUGUUAUGUAAUAAUCCCAAAUCAGCUUUCUUUUGGGAUUCUGUUCAUCCUACUCAAACUGGAUGGUCUGUUGCGUUUUCCUCUUUCAAAUCCUUUUUCUGAUUGCAUUUUGAUUUACUAAAUAUUCGUGUGUGCCCG